GGCAGCACUGCGUCAGUUGACGCAAACGCACCAACUUCGGAGCGCAGCCGUUGUUUACGCGAACGUUACGUUAGUUAUGUUUUGAAGUUCGUGUGUGCGUUCGAUGUUCAAAACUUUAUUACAAACUUUUUAUCAAUGGAUCGGACUAGUUUUUUCGAGUGUAACGCCAAAAAUCGAUUUGAUUCAGUCGGUUUGUGUCCCAAAAGUGUGUUAUAAAAUUGGCGGAACGAAACAGUGAAAGUGUGGUUAUGUUGACAGUUAAUUUAUUGCUUUCGGAGACAGUGUAUCCUAUUGAACGAUGAUUUGAAUAAGGUGAUUGGAUAUACGAAGUGCAGUGCAGUGUUAUUUAUAAAUAGUGCAGCCAGCCCGCAUUCAACGCAGCGACACCGCUAUGAGUGAACGUCGGAGACUCACGUAACUAUCGUUCGAGUGAAUAGAGUGCGCGCAGUCGAGUGACGUGCAAUGCCCAGGGCCCGAGCCCCCCUACCCCUCGCAGGGCUAUGGAGACCCUCCUCGACAAGUUCAAGAGGGAGCAAGGAGGGCUGCGACGCUCCCGGUCGGUCCGCGCCUCGCUGCGACUGAUCGGCAACCGCUGGCGGACCACCAAGGACGAGGAACCUGCGGACGACAUUGACAAGAUAAAGCGGAACACCGUUGUCUUCGCCACACAGAUCUGGAGUGACAAGGAGUACGACGCGUACAAAGGCCUCGACGGCACCUACAAGGCCACCACGCCAGCCAUGGCCAGGAAAAAGCCGGAGGUGAAGCAGCGGAGGAAGAGCGGUGACAUCGAUCUGAAUCUGAAGCCGCAGCGUCCGAAAAAAGUGGAAAAGUCAAAGUUCAGUGAUUUGUUUACUAAUAAGAAGCAGAAAUCUAAGGAGUUUUUGGUGCCGGAGAAGAUUCCGCCGAAAGCGGCCGCGCUUCUGCAUAUCCAUAGUCCGGAUAAGGGGAAGAAGAAGUUGAAGGGGAUCGGGAAGUCGGAGUCGGCGAAAUCUGUGACUGAUAUCGUGGGGCAUAGACGGAUUAGGAGGGGUUCGGAGGGGGACACGUGCCCCCACCAGCCGAGGGGGUGCGUGAACCCGGCCUUCGUGUACAGCACGCCGCCCAAGGAAAGGAAGUUGCCGAUGUCCCCGUCAGCAUACCUCAAACUCCAGUACGGCGCGUUGCUGGAGGGGUGUGGGGGGGAGCUGCCGUCUCUAAGCGCGUGCGCUCCCCUCCCCCCGACCCUCGACAAGGCGACCCGUCGUCAGCAGAAGGACGCGCGCGCGCAUCAAGACAAAAUCGCACAAGUUAACAUACACCUGCAUGCCCUCUUCGCGGCAGUGGAACAUGGCUACCUGGACAAAGCGCGGAACAUCUUGGAGUCCACAGACGUGGAUGUCAACAGCCUCAACUCCGACGGCCUCUCUCCCCUGGACGUGGCCGUGCUGUCCACCAACCGACAGCUGGCAAAGAUGCUUAUGGAAUUUGGAGCGAAGGAGGGCACACAAUUCAAAAGUUCGGAAGCGCUCGGCGCUCAUCUCCGAAGGUUGGUGCGAGAUGCAGAGGCGCGCCUUCACGAGGUCGUGGGCUGUGCGCCGGAGAGGACGUGCCGGGACGAGGCUUGCACAAGAUCAUCAGCGGGUGGCCAAGCCGGCACGACUGGCUGCGCGGGCGGCGCCGGCUCGGAGAAGGACAAGCAAGCCCAGCACUGGGAGAGAAGGGUGCGGACGCUCAAACGCCUAGUCCUCGGCUGGCAGCAGUCGCGCGCGCCGGUCGCGCCGCCGCCGCCCGAGCUGGAGGUGUGCGGCGCGCACGCCGUCACCGCGCGGCUGAAGGACGCGCGCGCGCCGCACGUCGCGCAGCGGGACCCGCCCAUCACCACCAAGUAUAGAGUGGAAUGGUCAUCCCGCGCGGACUUCUCCAACGUGUGCGGCAGUCAGGAGGUGGCGGCCAUCGUGUCUAGCGGCGGGACCAGGGUCCUGGCGGCCGGCCUGACCCGCGGCCGCCGGUACUUCUUCAGGGCGGCCGCUGGGAACCUUAAGGGCUGGGGGCCUUUCACGGUGUCGGUGCCGAGAAGCGUCGUUCCUAGCAGCUGGCGAGACGUAUCCUCCAGGGCCACUCGCGGCGAUUCCGGCGGGGCGGCGGCGGCUCUCGAAGCGCUCGCCUCCGCCGCCGCCGGUGCCCGCCACCGACCGCCGGCGCAGCCGCCGCGCCUGCCGAGGAAGAAGACAGCGACUAUACGACAACUGUUCACUGCUGCUAGUAAAUUCCAGAAGAACCUUAGAAGAGGCGUAUACCUUGCGUGUAUCCUGUACCACGAAGACAAGGUGCUGGUCACCAGCGAGGAGUUUCUGCCGGUCAUAGAGGUCGACGAGACCUACCCCACCUGCAUCUACACCGACUUCCAUUGGCUCAUGAAGGUGUCAUGUUCAUGGGACGAAGUCAAAUCGCUGCGGUCUGACAUGGAGAAGCACACCUCCUCGUCCAUCCACUUCAGGCUGAAACUACUGACAGCCGCCGCUCAAAUGCAAUCUGCUCUGUGUAUACAGGAUUUAGGUCAACUCUACCACAAGCCGCUGCGAGACUCCCACGGCACGGUGGUUCUCUCGUGCGUGAACAGCGUGAAAUCCGUCAAGUCGGUGUCCGCGCUCAACUCCCGAUGGGCGCCCGUAUCCAGGUUGCGUCGUCGCGUGCUUAGUGAAGACAACACUAUUGGCGAGCUGCUCAUGGCUUCUGUGCACGAUCAGAUUGCGUAUCACCAGGUGUCUCGAGUGCAGCUGCCGCGCGGUCUGUACCUGGGUUACUUGAAGCUACAAUCAUCAGUGGAAGUGGUGCGCAUCGUGGCACCCGCGCGCACCCCCAAUGUCCCACCGCACACGCGAGUGCGGGACAACCCACACGUGUCCGCUGAAGAAUGGGAUCACCUUCGAACGCAAUCUGGAAAAGCGUCCUCAGAAGAAGUACAAGCCAUGAACAGCCUCGUGCCGAUCGGCAGCCAGGAGAAACCCUCAGAAUCUCAAGAAAUGUUCCUGGACCACAUCGCGUGCGCCGCGCGCCGCCUCUUCAAGGAGAUGGAGAUCCCGAUGGAAAGCGUCGACGCCCACCGAAUAUAUGACCUCGAGGUCAUUGAACUCAACAAUGACGUCAGCUUCAUCAUGAUCUGCCCUCCCGCGGAACAGGCCUGCUCCGUCCCCGGACAGAAAGAAAUACUCCUCCAAAAAGGAGACCUCCUCAGCCUCCCCAUACAAGCGUUCGAAAUGAUCCACCUACAAACCUAUCACAGUAAUAUUCUCAGCAAGUACUCCAAACUCAGCUGCGUGUUGGAACUGGAUGUAGCUCUCGCCACGCAUUCUCACAGGGAAGCUUUCUCCUGCACCGAGCUCCAGACUGCUAAAGAACGAUUAACAAAACUAGAAGACUUGCAAAACAGCUUGAAUACCGUAUGGAAGGCGGAACGGUGGCUCAUGGAUCUCAUAGGCUUUGCGAGAGACAAAGACAAAACUUCUCCGAGCUCAGGUAUACUGCUCAAACAUAUCUUAGACAAAACUCCUUCUCAGAUCUGUCCUGACGGCCCGGAGUUAGAAGUGACCGACAAAGAUGCAAAUUUGAAAGUAGAUUUUCUUCAGAUACCGAAUACUGCAAGAGAUGGUAAGAUUACCAAAACCUCACCAGGUCGAGGUUCUUGGCCAGGUCCUGCUGGAAACGGAAACCAUGCCAACUUACAUCCAGAGUUUAGUAAAUCUGAGCAGCAAUUGAGUUUAGCUCCCCGUCAGACAUCUGUGUCAACGCUCAAUUUGAGCAGUUCGCAAUACCUGAGCGCCGAGAAUAAAUACUCGAGGAAGGGUAGUGCCGAUUCCCAGUUCACACAAUCGAGUGCUAUGAGCAACAAUUACAUGAGCAGUAACUCUCAGUUUGAAAUAAAGUCGCCCGGAUCUCACACGAGUGCUGGCAGCAACCGUCUCCCCCCGUCCCGAAGCGAAGACACACUUGUUCUUCAGAAUGAGAACGUGGAACAGAAACCUCGUCCGCAUAGCAUCAAUGCAACGAGCGUAUCGAAUACCUCGAGUCCAUUGCUGACCGUGAAAGGGUUUUAUCCUGGGAGCAUGAUCAGUGUGCGAACGUCCAAGGGGAAUGUGUCUGAAUCCGCCCAGAGUCUGUCUAGUGACUCGGAGAGCCAGAGCUGUCCAAUCACCUCAACGUCAGUUCCUUUGAAACUCCGUCCGCAGGGGAAGCACUUCAGAGCUACCAACACCGUGAUCACUUCCAAGAGCAUGACUAACGUGAAGUCGGCUGAUGUUGACUACACAGACACGGGGCAGGAUCUGUUCCCGAAGGCUAGCAUGUGUGUGAAGAGACAGCCUCUGCUGGAGACUCAGGAAGACGCAGAGUAUAACAAUAAGAUUCCAAAGACUGAUGAAAGAAGUGAUAGUGAGGAACGCGAUUCGAAGGCGGCAGAUCAGCGGCCUCCGGACCAGCCGGGAAUAUUACAGGUAUUUGCCGCAUACGAAACGGGUCUUGCUGCUGGCACAUCGCUCAAACUACACGUCACGCCGCGCACCUCCGCCCGCGAGGUCAUCGACCUCGUCGUCAAGCAACUCAACAUGGCUGCCGUCCUCAAAGGAAAGUCCGGUCCUGUUUACGGUCCCGAGAAGUUGCAGGACUUCUGCUUGGUGGCCGUCAUAGGAGCGCGGGAAAGGUGUCUGCGAGACGAUUUUAGGCCAUUACAGCUCCAAAACCCAUGGAGAAAAGGCAGAUUGUACGUUAGACUCAAACACGACGUGCUAGCCGCGUUGCAGCAUUCUGCCAAGCAACCGGCGUACAUUUGAUCUGGGUAGGUUUGUAAACUCGAGUUAGGAUCUGUUUUGAAAUAGGGUAUUGUAGUUUGGCAAAGAAAA